AUGCGACAUUAUUACUUGCACUUAAAGAUCGGGAUGGGGCUGACGGGCUUCGGCGUGUUUUUCCUCUUCUUCGGAAUGAUUCUUUUCUUUGAUAAAGCGCUCUUGGCCAUUGGAAAUAUCUUGUUUGUGGCAGGUCUCUCAUUUGUUAUCGGACUGGAACGGACGUUCAAGUUCUUCUUCCAGCGGCAUAAAAUGAAAGCCACCGGUUUCUUUCUGGGAGGUGUUUUCGUGGUGCUCAUCGGAUGGCCGAUUGUAGGCGUCGUCCUCGAAGUCUAUGGAUUUUUUCUCCUUUUCCGGUGAGUUGUUUUGUUUUAUCAC